GUGUUUUUCUUUUGUCAAGCGCGAACAAGACAAACUUCUACCAUGGCACUGGUGAUGGAGCCUGUGAGCAAGUGGAGCUCCAGCCAAGUGGUUGACUGGAUGAAAGGCCUGGACGAUUGCCUGCAGCAGUACAUCAAGACCUUCGAGAGAGAGAAAGUAGGGGGCGACCAGCUGCUGCGUAUCACCCACCAGGAGCUGGAGGAUUUAGGAGUGUCCAGAAUCGGCCACCAGGAGCUCAUACUGGAAGCUGUGGACUUACUUUGUGCUCUGAAUUAUGGGCUGGAGACGGAGAAUCUGAAGACUCUUUCUCAUAAACUGAACGCAUCUGCCAAGAACCUGCAGAACUUCAUCACAGGCCGGCGGCGCAGCAGCCAAUACGAUGGCCGAGCCACCCACAAGCUGCCCAACGACUUCCUUACCUCCGUGGUGGACCUGAUCGCUGCAGCCAAAAGCCUUCUGGCGUGGCUGGACAGGUGCUCCUUCUUUUUCAGGUCCCCAUUUGCUGCGGUGGCAGAUUACUCCGUGACACGAAACAACGUGAUCCAGCUGUGUCUUGAGCUCACUACAAUUGUGCAACAGGACUGCUCUGUGUACGAAACAGAAAACAAAAUCCUGCAUGUGUGUAAAACUCUGUCGGACGUUUGCGACCACAUUAUCUCUCUGUCCUCCGACCCCACGGUGUCCCAGGCUGCACAUUUGGAGGUUGUGCAGCUGGCCAACAUAAAAUCCACUGAAGGACUGGGCAUGUAUAUCAAAUCAACAUAUGAUGGUCUGCACGUCAUCACCGGGACGACAGAAGGAUCCCUGGCAGACCGCUGUAAGAAAAUCCAUGCUGGAGAUGAAGUCAUUCAGGUCAAUCAUCAGACAGUGGUGGGAUGGCAGCUGAAGAACUUGGUGAACCUGCUGCGUGGGGACCCUGCAGGUGUCACCCUGACGCUGAAGAAACGCCCACAGAGCACGCUGACAUCAACCCCUGCACUGCUCAAGAACAUGAGAUGGAAACCAUUGGCUCUGCAACCAACCUUUCCUCAGAGCCCGACCAGCAGCGUCGCCACGCCCACCAGCACUUUAAGUACUCCGUCCAGGAGGAGCAGCUGUGCUCUGCAGGACCUCUUCAUCCCUCCUCCUCCAGCUGAGCCCUACGCCCCCAGAGAUGACAAGAGCAGUCUGUCGGGGGACGAUCCUCAAUUGGACAUAAAUGUCGCAGAGGGCUCUGAGUCACCAAACUCCUACCUGGACCAGGAGUGUCGGCGGCAAUUUCCUCUGGUGGAGGAAGAUGCUAUAUUGUACUGUUAUGAGUACGAGCAGAACCAAGAUGUGUCAUCAGUCCGCAGGGGGAGCACUCCCACUUAUGGCAGGCUUAGGCCCAUCUCAAUGCCGGUGGAGUACAACUGGGUGGGAGACAACGAAGACCUGGCCAAGCUGAAGAGAGAGAGCAGGAGAGAGAAUUCCAUGCUGCGUUUUGCGAGUGAAGAUAAAACCCCGGGGGACGACUUCCUGCUGGGACGCAGCCUGAGUCAGAACAGGAGGAAGAAUGACCGCGGAGCCAGCCCCACCCAGUACACGCUAGUCCCCGCCCUCCAGAUGGAAGUCUCCUUGUCCACAUCCAGCUCUGAUUCUGCCUCCCUCUACCACGUGUUUGAGCGAUCCUCGCUGAUGUCAAGGUCAAAGAAGAAGAAUAAAGCUGGAAGUCCGAUGUCUUCAAUCAGCAAGCGGCGGAUCUCCUGCAGAGACCUGGGUCAGGGCGACUGUGAGGGCUGGCUGUGGAAAAAGAAAGAUGCCAAAACCUAUUUCUCACAGAAGUGGAAGAAGUACUGGUUUAUCCUGAAAGACACAUGUCUGUACUGGUACAUGAACGAGGAGGAUGAGAAGGCAGAGGGCUUUGUCAGCCUCUCGGAGUUCAAGAUUGAUCGCGCCACUGAAUGCAGACGGAAGUAUGCUUUCAAGGCUUGCCAUCCGAAGAUAAAGACCUUCUACUUUGCAGCAGAAAAUGUCGAUGACAUGUCCCGGUGGCUGAGUCGUCUCAGUAUGGCAGUGGCAGGCUACUCGGAGCAGGAGAUAGUUCACCAGGACCAAGAUUACUGGAGUGAGAGUGAUCAUGAGGACAUGGAGAUGCCCCCGAUGCCCAAACAGGACAGUCCACCACCACCUUAUGACACCUAUCCCAGAGCAUCCUCAGUGAGUCCCUACAUGGAACCGAAACGUGGCCACCUCUCCUCCUCCGACACGUUCCAGUCCCGCUCCUCUCACGACGACUUUCACUCUAAGUCUCAGGAGGGCAGCAGCAGCAACAACAACGGCGUCUCAUCUGGGCAGAAGACGAGCAGCCACCGAAACUCAUGGCAGGACCAGGUGGAAAACAACGCAAGGAUGCACUUCCUCCAGACGUUUCCGGUGGAGGAGACGCCGCUAUCUGAGGACAGAGACCAACUGGCGAUGGAGUAUCGCCGGCAGUCCACCCUGCCCGCACAGCGCAGCAUGCUGCAGGAACAGUACAGAGCCCUGCCUCCGCCCCUCAGGUCCAGCUUCGAUUCCGAUCAUGGAGGGAAACCCCGCAGCUUCACGCUACCCAGGGACAGCGGGCUCCACGCUAUCUUGGCCGCCAGCGCAGCUGCAUCGGACCAGAGAGAGCCCCUUCACAACCAGCUGGACCGGGCCAGAGGCAGUGGCCAUGGACGGGACUGCAGGAUGCAGGCUGACUCUCUGGGAGACUUGUACAGGGCUCUGGAACAGAGCAGUCUGUCCACAUCAGCUGACAACAGAUCAGCCAACCGUCUGGAGUAUAAGCGUUCAUUUGUCCGCCGAGUAAAUGACCCGCUGCUCAAUGACAAACUUCAUCGCCUCCGGAUCCUCCACAGCUCCCUGAAGAACGUCCCUCUUCAAGACACCAACCGGUCCUUGGGUUUUUUAGGGUAAACUGUGAGGAUCAGUGUGUUAAUUAAACCUCAAACCAAUCGCCUUUGGCUGUGCCUCCCACUGCUGGCAUCCCUUUGCUGGAGCUAAAAGGCACCAACAACCUUCCUUUACCUGCUUGGCUCUGCACCUCCUUUCCUUCUCCUUCAACCUGGCGCAUCGUGCAGGAGCAAUUUCAAAGAUGAGGGCUCUUACAAAGGGCAAAAAAAAAAGUCUAGCUUGAUGAAAUAACAGGGUUUAUGACUUAGCACUUUGUGUCCGUGUCAAAGACGUGUUGGAGAGCUUUGUAAUUCAACGCUCACAUGCAUGGCUGCCUCUCCUCGCUUCUGUUGAUUCUUUUUUAACUCUAUGCUGGAGUUGUGUACAGCCACUCUGUAACGCCUGACGGAGGAAUUAAAAGCUAUUUUGGAUUUACACAAUAUUUUGUUAUGCAUGUGUGUAUGAUUUAAGGGUAUGUUUGUUCCAUGAGUGUACAGGGUGUUCAGCAUAUAUACAUAUUGAAUAUUACAUUACUGCAGCAUCAGUGACUACACAAUGUUUUGGGGUACUUAAACAAAUUGUAAAUCAAGUGCUGUGCUUCAGUGAUUGUGAUUGUACAUUGUAACUUUCCAAGAGAGACGAGAGACGAUGUAGAGAGCAAGCUAUUCCUCAAAACAGGAGCACAAAUACAUGCUUGGCAAUAAUGGACUAGUAUUGUAAAUUACAAAGGAAUGAUCAGAAUAGUUGUCUAUUUUUGUAUGCAUGCCGUCUACCUAAUUGUUUGUAAAACAGUUUGUAUUUCUCAGUGUGUUUGGUUGGUCUGGAGAAUACUGGUGUCGACCCCAUCCUCCACCACAUUUGUUAUUUUACAAUUUGCCCCUGAAAAUGGCAAGAAGUUGAUUUGUUUUUUAAGUGUUAAGAAGAAUAACUGUAUUUAUUAAGUGUUUCAUGUACAAGCAUGCUUUGUAUAACUAAAACACAUUACCAUGCCAUUGGAAAUUGACUGACAUUGCACAAGUAUGUUAUAUUGUAGCUACGUUACUUUUUUAUUGAAUAAAGUAUGGAAAGGGCACACUUAA